AUGAACCUUGGCUGGUUCUUUGGGGAUUUUAAUGCUAUAAGGGACAACUCUGAUAGAAUGGGUAGUUCUAACGCAUGGUUGCCAGCCUUUGAUGAUUUCGGCAUUUGUUUGGACCAAGCUGGUCUUGAUGACCUGAGAUAUACUGGCCACCGGUUCUCUUGGUCAACUGCAGUGGGAGUAAAUCGCAAGCAAAGGAAGAUUGAUAGGGUGCUGAUUAAUGCUAACUGGACCAGCUCGUUCUCUUAUUCCGAGGCAAACUUCUUGGCUUCCGGAGUUUCUGAUCACUCCCCGAUGAUCAUCAGAAUUGAACAUGCAGUCUCAUCGAGAAAGCCAUUCAAAUUCUUCAAUUUUUGGCUAUCUCACCAGGCUUUUCCGGAUAUUGUUAAGCAAGUGUGGGAGUCUCAGAUCACUGGAACUCCAAUGUUCCGGCUGUGCCAAAAACUCAGAAUUCUAAAAGGGAGACUGAAGCAGUUGAAUAGAGACUCGUUCUCUGACAUUUCGGCCCGCACAGCUCAAGCAAGAGAGAUGCUUACGUCCACCCAAGAUUCCUUAGCUUGUGAUCCUUCUAAUAUGGAUCUGGCGAACCUUGAAAAGGAGCAGCUUCUCAUCUUUUCCAAUCUACGUCUCCAGGAGGAAGCUUUUUACAAACAAAAAUCGAGGAUAAGAUGGCUGAAUGAUGGGGACUUGAACACCAAAUAUUUCCAUCAUUUCGUCAACAAGCGACAGCAUAGCAACCGUAUCCUCUCCGUCUCGGACUCUAAUGGUGUCCUCCUUUCAGACCCGACAUUAGUCCAUAACCAUAUUAUCUCGCAUUUUCAGACUCUAUUAUGCGCAAGAGAUUCUGAUGAUGCAAGAGAUUCUGAUGAUCGGCCUUCCUAUGCUGACAUCCAGCCUAUGGUAGCUCGUACUCUCAGUAGUGAACAAAUCAACCUGUUAUCCAAGGAGGUCUCGGAGUCCGAAAUUCGUAAGACUCUCUUCUCCCUUGCCAAAGGUAAGGCCCCGGGGCCGGAUGGGUACAAUGUUGACUUCUUUAUCUCCUCUUGGCAAGUCGUUGGGCAGUCGGUUAUAUUGGCUAUUAAGGAUUUUUUUCGAUCAGUGCAUGCUAAAGGAGAUCAAUGCCACUAUUAUUACACUUGUCCCCAAGGUUUCAAAUGCCACGGGAAUGAACGACUUUAG